AUGACCAACUUGACACCUGUCUUAAUUGCAAACUUCCCGACAGAAAACGAAGACCUCCAGAACCCCCACCUUCAAGUGACUUUGAAAAUGUCAACCGAAGAGGUUCGGGCCCACCCAUUCACCGAUGUGACCCUGGACUGCGAGUUCUCCUUUAUAGAAAGCACAGAAAACCUUGAGUUUUACUGGGAGAGAGAAGACAUAAUAGAGGAAUAUGAGGUGGAAGACCGUGACUUUUACCGCUUUUUUAGGUACUACGACUUCUUUCAAGUGUUCACAAAGGUGGUUUACCAGUUUUACGAUAAUGCGGAGCAACUUGAAGAGCAGAAUGCCUUAUAUGAGGGAAGAGUCUCUGUGGAUCAGAGUGAAAUCUCUGAGGGGAUUCUGUCCCUUCUGCUACGAAACGUGGAUUUCAUGGACGAAGCUUUGUACAAGUGCUCAGCCAUCGCCCCCAGCGGUAGAGGGGAGAGUACAGUCAAGCUCAUAGUGGAAGAUUCUGAAAUGCCCCAGGUGAAGUUCGAGAAGAUUGAUGAAGAAGAUGUGGUCACAUGCACAUCCAAGGGCUGGUAUCUCACCCCCAACGUGACCUGGUUAGACCGGGGAGAGAGGGACCUUAGCAACCACAGCACAGUGGAGGUCCUGGAGGAGCAGAUGAACGGCUUGUACAGAGUGUACUCCGUCCUCAGAUACCCAGUCAAGUUAAAUGAAAAAUACGUCUGCCACAUUACAGAGACAAAUGAAAACAACCGGCCCACCAGAUCCAUCCGGCGGUACCCAAGUAAGUGCGGCUCCGAGGGGAGAGUGACAACGGGCCGCUCUUCACCACACAGAAGCCACCACGCAUUAAUAUUUACUGAACGCCAAACAUAG